ACGCGCUGAUGUGAAGUAUCGUUGCCCAUGGUAACCGGGGCGGAGUUUAAUGUGAGGUUGUCGCACUUUAUUAAAACGGAGCGGACGCGCGCUCACGCGUGGAAGCGCAGCUGCAAAAACCCGACGGCAUCACAGCAGUCACUGACCUCAACACAGCUCUCAGAAUAUAAUGGGAGGAGCAGUAGUGGAUAAUGGACCACCUGGGGUGAAGGCGCCAGAUGGAGGCUGGGGUUGGGCGGUGUUGGCUGGAUGCUUCGUCAUCACUGGCUUCUCCUAUGCUUUUCCCAAGGCUGUCAGUAUCUUCUUCAAAGAGCUUAUUCAAGAGUUUGAGGUUGGCUACAGUGACACUGCUUGGAUCUCAUCAAUACUGCUUGCCAUGCUGUAUGGCACAGGACCUCUGUGCAGUGUGUUUGUGAACAGAUUUGGCUGUCGGCCAGUGAUGAUGGUCGGAGGGCUCUUUGCUUCACUGGGAAUGAUUUUGGCUUCCUUUGCCAAAAGCAUCACACAUAUUUACCUCUGCACUGGAGUUAUUACAGGUCUGGGUCUAGCACUGAACUUCCAGCCAUCCUUAAUAAUGCUGAACCGCUACUUCAGCGAGAAACGUCCUCUGGCCAACGGCCUGGCGGCAGCAGGCAGCCCUGUGGCACUAUGCUGUCUUUCCCCAUUGGGGCAGGUUCUCCAAAACCAUUAUGGUUGGCGGGGUGGAUUCCUUAUACUGGGAGGCAUGCUGUUCAACUGCUGUGCCUGUGGUGCCCUCAUGAGGCCUCUGUUGCCCCCUAAGAAGCCCCAAAUGCUGGAAGAAAACACUCCCACAGCUGCAGAGAAGCCCCAGGCAGAGAAGAAACUAUUAGACUUCAGUGUGUUUAGGGACAGAGGUUUUGUCAUCUAUACCAUUGCAGCUUCUGUUAUGGUGCUGGGCUUGUUUGUACCCCCUGUGUUUGUGGUCAAUUAUGCCAAAGGCCUUGGCUAUGAGGACACUAAGUCAGCACUGCUGCUCACGAUCUUAGGAUUUGUUGAUAUGUUUGCUCGGCCUGCAUCAGGAUUCAUAGCAGGCAUGAAACGUGUACGACCUAAAAGUGUCUACCUAUUCAGCUUUGCUAUGAUCUUCAAUGGGUGCACCGACAUCAUCGGCUCACAGGCAAAUCAUUAUACCGGUCUGGUGGUCUUCUGUAUCUUCUUUGGUAUAUCAUAUGGAAUGGUUGGAGCACUUCAGUUUGAGGUCCUCAUGGCUAUUGUGGGGAAAGAGAAGUUUUCCAGUGCCAUUGGCCUGGUGCUGCUAAUGGAAGCUAUUGCUGUACUGGUGGGACCUCCCGGAGCAGGUCGGCUCUUGGAUGCUACCCAUCGGUACAUGUACGUCUUCCUGUUGGCAGGCUGUGAAGUGACACUAUCUGCCUUUGUCAUUGCCACUGGGAACUUUCUUUGCAUAAGCAGAGAAAAGGAAGAUCCUGGGGCUAAGAUCGAGAUGGCUGUGACCGCUGCUGAGAUGGAGGGGCUCAACCGUGGGGUGGAUGAUGAGGAAAAUGAUGAAGGCAAAGGAGAGCUGAUGGAAAAAGAAAAUGGAAAAGUCAGUUCUUUUAAAAGGCAGGAAGACAUGAUCACGAAGGAGGCAGAGGAAGAAACUGAGACCUAAUGAUAAGAAUUAUACUACUAAUAAAAAACUGCACCAACAAGACACACAAAGUACUGAUGAUAUGGCAAAAAAAUAAAGAGAGGUACAUUUAACUGUUAAUGGAUAUCAAAGUGUCAUUGGU